AUGCCGUGCCAGGACAUCAAUGGGGGCUCUGGCGUGCUAUUUGAAUUGAACAAGUGUCAGCGUCGAGGGAAACAGCUGAAACAGCUCUAUGGUGCUCCUCCGGUGACCCCUCCUCUUCGCUACCAGACAUAUAUAUGGUGUAUAUAUUCUCAGACGUUGUUGUACAGCAUUUGCAUGUCCUGCCAGUCCGCUCUCAAAACUCAAAAUAUUAACACUUUAACGCCAAGUUUUUUAUCCGGCUGCCGGAAACAGACAACACACAAACGGCGCACACAAACACAAACACAGGGGGCUGGAACACAAAUACUAGUGCACUGCUCUCGGCGUUGGCGGCACAAAACGCCAUGUUGGAUUAUUCAACUCGACGCCAUUUCGCGUCACAAUGCGCGCUAUGCGCCGCCAUCAUUGCAACCGACAGCGAACGGCACACGGUAAUAGCAGCAACAACAAAGGCAGCGGGAACAGCAACAACUGCAGCAGGAUGGCAGCAACAACAACUGCAGCAGGACGAAGGACGAAGGGCGAAGGACUACGGCGGCCCACACGGCGGAUGAAGUUGCAAUUCAAAGUCAUAAACACGUGGAGCGUGGGCGCAAAGUCUCAGCUAAGCCGCCCGCCUCCGGUUCCGACGGCUUUCCUCCUCCAGUUUUCCCCCAAUCCCAAUCCCAAUCCGGCUGCCGGCUGCCUGGCAAGCCAACGAGUCUGUUAGCCAGGCCGCAGGCUGGAGCUGGAGCCGAAACUGGGAAUGGAGCUAAAGCUGGAGUCCGUGGACCACAGGCAGCUCCUGCUCCGCAGCUCCUGCUGCUGCAUUUACAUAAAACCAACAAGAGCCCCGUCGCCGGCGAGCAGAAAAAAAUGGGAAUGAAGAACUCGGGCGGCGGCAAAAACUGCAGGGCAGAGAUCCACAACCAGUGGCACAUCCAGCAGUCCGCCUCCUUCGACUCCUGA